CCACCCUGCACAUAUUUCCCCGUGUCUCAAAAAAACUCGCGAUCGGGAGAAAAGAGGAGGAAUAUCACAUUUUUCUCUCCGUCGUGAAUGUCAAGUUGAACCGGAGAGUGUGGAGACGUGGGUGUCCGAAGAUGGAAAGCUAUGAGGAGUUUUGUCUGCAAAGUCUGGCGACACUGCAGGAGGAGGGGAAAUUCAAGAAGAUGGCAUGUGAGCCACACUGUCCCCUGAAAGCUCUCUCUAUUAUCCGCUUCCAUGGAAGGGCUGUGCUUUCACCACUGUUGAGUGUGAAGCAGCGCAGUGAGAUGUGCGACUACAGACAGAAGGCGAUCCAGCUGGAGGUGGACAGGCAGAGCAAGCAGAGGAACAUUUUGUUGGCUCGGGUUCAGGACAUCCUGGACCAAGCUCAGGUACACAGAGUACCAAGUGAAAAGGCUGACAAACAGCCCACUCCUCCAUAUUGUCCUUCCCCUAAACCUGAAAUGGUCAAUGGGUACACUCUGGUCACUGACUCACCCGGGCUGCCUAGAGACUCUGGAUCUGGGCUUCAAACAAAUGAUCGUCCCACUACUCCAUGCACUGAACCCCCCUCUGUCAUCAAUGGCUACAGAGGAGAGGAUGAAGUGAAGGAGGAGAGGGAAGAGAAGAGUGAGGAUGAGGAGGAAGAAGACAUUAGUCUGGAUAGUCUUCUGAAGAGAUCAAGGGAGUAUGUGAAGAGAGAGCAGAAUCAGCAAGUGUCAAAAGUUGUCAACAGAGUCACCCGGACUCCCCCACCUGAGACCCUCUCUGGGAAGGACAAUGAGAGUCGUAGUCCCCUGGGAGACACUGGUGUUGAGUUUGGAUUCAGUCUGCACCACAGCCCUGUAGGCCCACCACAGACUCAGACCCAGCAUCAAGCUCUGUAUGACCCUCAUACUCACCAGUCUGGCUGCCUCUCACCUAGUCUACCUGACCCGUACACCCGCCUCCCCAGUCCAGAGCUGAGCAUCAGUCCUCGUGUGCAGAGACGCAGACCACGGCCUGUUUCUGCUGGUAACAUCCAUAUCUCGUUCCCCAUUGCUCCAGCAGACCUGAUCCCCAGGAGUCCAGGAAGGUCAGAGGAGGGUGCUGGUGCACCAGCCUGGGGAGAGGCUCUCUCAGGGGGCAUGAGGUCAUCUGAUCACUGGGGCUUGGUGGCUAGUGGAGGUGGUAGUGGGAGCAGCAGUCGUCGAUCUAGCCACUGUGGUACCAGUCCAGUGCUGGAGAUCUGCAGCCCUGUCAGUACCUCAGGACCCAGCCCGAUGGGACACCAUGACCAUCUGGCUUCAGGGUUUCGCCGGCGCUGUCACACCCUUGACAGCCAACUGCAUCCCUCUCAGUCUCACUCUGGAGUUGAGCACAUAGACCGCAGCCAGGAGAGGGUUCCUCGCUUCAUGGCUGGAGUUACUCGCUUGCCCCCUAGUCGACGGACCUCUGCAGCCCCCUUGAACCAGUCAUAUGAUGUAGAUAAUCCCUCACCAUCUCUGCUUAGACCCCAUGUGACCCCUGACUUGUCUCAGGUCAAAAUGAGGAUGGAGCCUGAUGGCUCCAUGACUGUCCUCAGAAAUCCAGCUGAGCAGCAGGACUGCAAGACGGAAGAGACCCAGCGGCGAAUGCAGGCUCUGGAGGACAUGCAGAGGCGUCUGGAGGAGGAGCAUGCCCUGCAGAUGUCUCUGCUUCUAGCUGAGCAGGAGAAAGAACAACAGCGCCUCCGUCAGGAGCUGGAGGAUAAAGACAGAAGGUUGAGGGAGCAGGGGUGUGACCGACCUCUUAGCGGGAACACUGGUGGGCGGGAUCGAAGGUCUGUGGGUGACACCUUUCCUGUUCUGAGCCCUUCUUGCCCUGGACUGAGCCCCGCCCACACACCAUCUGAGCGAUCACCUGGACAGACUCUAGGUUUUCCCUCCCCUCUUAUUUCCAGCGUUUCCUCUACCUCUGUCCAGCCUCCUGUCUAUCUGUGGGGGCCUGCCUGGGGGGCUAACAGGCCCCGAGCAAGGCUUAGUCUGGUUCUGACAGCCGACCAGCAGAGGGCACUCUGUCGACUGGGCGCCAUCACUCGCGGUUUCCUCACACGCAGACUGCUCAAAACAGAGAAGGUCAAACACCUGCGCCAGACUGUACUGGACACACAGCAGUUCAUCUGCUCAUUCCAGUCUGAGGCUCCGCAAAGGAGAGGAAGCAUCUCAGCACAAGACGUCUCUCUGCAAGAGAGAGUUAGAGCCCAGUUACGUGCUGCUUUAUAUGACGUCCACGAUAUCUUCUUUGAAAUGCCUCUGGAGGAUCGAUUAGCGCUACUGCAACAGGACCGGGAGUUACGUGCAGAGAGGAAGUUGCGAGAAAUGGAGAAAGCCAAGUGCCCCAAGGAGAGAGUGGGGAUUUCUGCUGCCACACAGAGGUCACUGGACAGGAAAAAGAGGGUCGGUGAAUCUCCAGCUCAAGCUAGAAAGAUGCAGCCGAAGCCAAAAAGUCCCACUGCCAACAGGACCCUGAAGCCAAGCCAAGGCCAAAACACUCCUGUCCCAGGACAGCUAAAUCGCCAGGGGAGCUGGUACAGAAAAACCCCAGAGGAGAGAGUGAGGCGCUCAGACAGCUUGAAGAAGCAGCACUCUCUGGGUUAAUAGGUAACUCAGUGCCACCUCAUCAGCUGAAUUUUCCCCCGUCGCACCUCCAACCACCGCUGCUAACCACAUGAUUAAGUGAUUGUUUUCACUUUACCUUCUAGAUAUAUCACAGUGCCAUUGUUUUUGACUGUUGUGUUGUCGCCUGCCAAAAUAGUGUUCCCUGACUGAUUCUUAUUCUCACAUGUAGCUACAUGCGUUGUGUGGGAUAUUUAAUCUCUAGAUAGAUUCUUUUAACCGUUUUUAUUGAAAAAGAAACAAAAAUGUUGUGAUAAAGGGAAAGAAGGUAAAAACCUUUCAUCUGUGCCUAAGAGAAAUGAAUAUGCCUUCCUAACAGUAUCCAUUAAUAGCAUGCUCAAUCUGACCCAUCGUAUUCUGAAACAUCUAGCACUUGCCUUGCUGUAAUUGCCUUCACAAACACCGAUGUCUUUCUGGCAGUCACACACUGUAGCUGAGAUGAAAAUAUUCAAUAUUCAAGUGUAAAUAGAUAAGAAUUUAAGUUUUAUGUUAAAGGGCUCUGAGCACUUUUUGUGUUCUGUCUCUUUAUUUG